AGUGGACGAGUCUUCUACACGCGCCGCAGGCCGUCCUGGGGUGGUGGUGUCUCGCUCCAGGAUGAUCAUCCAUGCUGACGAUGCCUAUGAGUGCAUACCUUAUAUGUACAUACCUACCUCUACCUAUGAGUACAUGCCUCUACAUAUCGCGAAGCAUGCUCUCGAAUACUACCUCCCCUCUUCAACCGGCAAAAGGAGUACCCCAUCGCUGGAAGGAAGGAUUUAAAGCAGAAGGAUUUCGCGGUAGGCUGCCGUCCCCAGGACCUUGCGUUCUUCCUCCCCAAGCCAAUCAUGAUCAAAAGGGCGAAGCCCUUUUUGGUUCCGAUACAUACAAGGCUUUUAUUUGCAUCGUGGGGUCUUCCCGCGGUCUUCCCCCCCCUGACGCUGGGGAGAGCGACGACGGUCUCGAAGCUUUGGGCACAAUGGGCUCCCGACUUGUCCUUAUCGCGUCUCCCCUCUGCGCUGACCAGCCUCGAUGGCGGCCGUAUCGGGCGUUCUAUUUCCGGCCGGACCAACCGAUGAGGACAUCGACAACCAGCGUCGCCACGACAGCCGUUCGCUCGCCACGCCCCGUCUCUGACAGGCAGACGCGGUUAUGCGCAGAUGUGGCCCCCCAGUCCGUGCGUAUUACGACCUUGGAAAGACCUCGAGCGACCAUGUGUUUGAGAGAGUGGGAGAAAGGGAGAGAAUGUCUAGGGAACUGUGGGGGCUGUCUGACUGACCCCACUGCCGGUGGACAGACAUAUCUUCUCUCUCGUGGUCGUCUGGAUAAGUACCAUAUAUGAUAUACGUGUAUGCUAUAUUUACAUGCAGCGAAGCGGGCAUAUUGGCCGAGUACGCUACAUAUACUACAUGUCGAAUCCUUCGAUGCCCAGGCCUACCUACAUAUGUACUCAUACAUACCUAUACGCACACGCGCACACACACACACCCGCAUGCGUACACACCCACACACCCACCUUACGCUCAACGCCCACCUCCUCACCCGCUCGCUUGCUCGCUCACUCCAUCCUGGCAGCCACUAAGCCGUUGCACGGAACCGUCGAACCACUCGAUGUAUUACUUCCCAGCCCAUCACCGGGUCGAUGGAGAUGCCGGCCAUUGCAACGCCUCCACGUGACGGGCCGGGGCGACCUAGAUACGCCCCUCUCGCCCUCCGUCCUCGCACCGCUUCCGUCGCCCUCCGGCGCGCACGUACAGGCCCUUCGGCGCGCGCUGCCUAACCCGCCUGCCUAUACCUAAUACUUGCUCGCUUGCUUUCUCUGCGUCCCCUCGAGCGCGGCCUCUCUGCGCAAGAACCGCAGCCACACGCACCCGUCUUCGUCUACCUACGCACGUCUGACACCCACACACCCAUCCGUACACACGUGCAUGUCAGCAAGUGGCGCUGGCGCGCGAAGGGGG